AUCCAUUUUUAAGAUUAAGAUUAAUUCGUUCCGAAUUCUCUGCCGUCCGGUCCGUCCACGUUUGCAUCUCUAAGGACGGACAGGGAGCAGCGUUUUCCCUAUUUAUUAGUGGAUAAGAGCCAAGAAGAUAUUCCGCCUCCGGGGGCUUUCUCUCUCCUCUCUCUCUCUCUUUCCAAAAACCAACCAUUCGCCGCUCACCGUUCACCACCAGUAAUGGGGAAAGCGUUUCCUUCUAAUUCCCCCCGACCUUAUUCUCCUUAGAAACAGGGGACGCAACAAUUCACUUCAAUGGCGCUGCUAGGUCUCCACCCCUCUCCCCUCUUCUUCUCCUCCCCUCCUCCAUCUUCUUCAUCUUCUUCUUCUUCUUCUUCUUCUCCUCUCUACGGUCUGCGCCGUUGCCUCGCCGUCGUCGGCUUCGCCGUCUUCUCCUCCCACUCCAACCCCCGCCUCCUCAAGUCCGGCCGCCGAUCUCGCCAUGGCCGGAGAACGCCGCCCUACAGCGACGAUGCGGAGGAGGAGGAGGGGGAGAGCAAAGAAGAGGAGUUCUCUGAUGAUGAUGAUUUUUCAGAUUUGGAGUACCAUGGAGCUAAACUUAUUGACGCAGAUCUUCAAAAGUUUAACUUGAGUAAACCUUUCGAAAAGCCAGGACGCGAAAAGAAGCAGUCAAAAACCGUUGAUUUGGACAGCAUAGAAAAGCUGAAGAAUGAAACCAAAGUUAGUUUUCAGAAGCUGCAAAAAGAACUAGAUUUUGAUGAGAAAUGGUUUCCACUUAUCGACUACUUGAGCACUUUUGGAUUGAAAGAAUCUCAUUUUGUUUCCAUCUACGAGAGACAUAUGCCUUGCCUUCAGAUAAACUUGGCUUCAGCGAAGGAGAGAUUGGGAUUCUUGUUAGCUAUUGGUGUCAAAAACAAAGAUAUGAAAAGGAUACUUACGAGGCAGCCGCAAAUCUUAGAGUAUACUGUUAACAAUUUGAAAUCCCAUGUUUCCUUCUUGGCGAGUAUAGGAAUUCCAAACUCUCGAAUGGGCCAGAUAAUUGCUGCCACUCCAUCCCUGUUCUCUUACAGUGUAGAACAUUCCCUGAAGCCAACAAUUAGAUAUUUGAUUGAAGAAGUGGGUGUGAAGGAAAGUGAUGUUAGCAAAAUUGUGCAGUUAAGCCCCCAGAUUUUGGUUCAAAGGAUCGACAACUCAUGGACCUCUAGAUUCUCUUUCUUGUCGAAGGAACUAGGAGCAUCCAAAGAUAGCAUGGUCAAAAUGGUCACCAAACACCCACAACUCCUUCAUUACAGCAUUGAGGAUGGGAUUUUGCCUAGAAUCAACUUUCUCAGGAGUAUCGGCAUGCGCAACUCUGAUAUUUUGAAAGUAUUAACAAGUCUUACUCAGGUAUUGUCAUUAUCAUUGGAGGGAAAUCUGAAGCCUAAGUAUCUAUAUUUGGUUAAUGAACUCCGCAAUGAGGUGCAGUCCCUGACGAAAUACCCCAUGUACUUGAGCCUAUCUCUGGAGCAGAGAAUCCGACCUCGCCAUAAAUUCCUGGUUUCACUAAAGAAAGUUCCGAAAGGUCCAUUUCCUUUGAGUUCAUUGGUUCCUACUGAUGUUCGCUUUUGUCAGCAGUGGGCUGGAACUACCUUAGAGAACUAUCUGGCUUUCAGGCAGAAUUUACUACUCACAGACUUUGCAAAGAAGUAUGAUAGGAAAACUUUGACAUCAACUUUUAAGUAAUACAAUGGUUUAUAUAUCAAGGUUUAACAAGUUAUGUGAGCACCUCAUUCGCUUUGUACACGUUAUGUCUCGUGAGGCUGUUGAAGUUGCUUCCUUCUGGCUCAGACACAAUAUAUGUACUGUAAGUUAAGAUGCUCAUUUUAGUUUAGUUUCUUUUUCCUGGCAAACUCUUAUAUUGAGGUGCUUGAAGUACUAACAAUUUUCAGGAAAGCUUGGUUGCUUAUAUUUUUACAUACAGAGCAAUGGGGAUGUAAUGAUGUAUUACCGGGUGCCAACCUUUUUGUAAGGAUAAAGAUGCAACUGAAGUUGCUACAGAAGUUGCUACAUCAGUCCUAUGCGAUGAGGAUCAUCUGCCUAUAUGAGAUACUUGCUGCUACAAUACUCAGCUCUCUUGUUCUUAGAACAAACUUCCAUUCUGGCGUGGUGCUUCUGGAUUCAUGAAUUGUUUGUCAAACUGCUACUUGCAACCAUACAAACUGCCUUUGUGAUGCAACUGUCGAAUACUGACUUGUGCUACCUCAACAAUUUUGUGCCACAUUAAUGCAUCAAACUAUGUCUUUUCACUCUGUGAUUGCUUAUACUUUUGUAAUAUUUGUAUGAUCAUCAUUUUUAUAUUCUACAAUUUUUUUUUUUUGGAGAUUAUGCAUGCUCAUCUUUCUCUGAAAAGUCUUCUAUGCAUAGCAAUAGGCAUGCAGGGAGGAUGGAAACAACUAAAAUUAUCAUCACUUUAAUCAACAGUGUUAUUUUGCCA